AUGGCCAACGUGCUGCCUGCCUGCCUGCUCCUGGCCCUGCUGCUCCUGGCCCCAGCCCUGGAGGCACAUCAGGAGAGAGGGCUCAUCUUCAACUUGGAGAUCGGGGAGCUGUGCAUGCAGAGUGCCCAGUGCAAGAGUGGCUGCUGCCACCGAACCAGUGGCCUCAGCCUGGCCCGAUGUGCUUCCAAGGCAGCUGAGUUCCAGGAGUGCUCCCCAAAGAGCAUCUAUGGGGUCUACUACAAGUGUCCCUGUGAGAGUGGCUUGACCUGUGAUGCUGAUAAAACCAUUGUGGGCUCCAUCACCAACAGCGACUUUGGUGUGUGCAAGGACCCCCAGGACUCCUCCAGGCGGCGGUGAAGAAAGAGCCCCCCCUGUGCCCCUCUGUGCUGCCCCUGCCACCUGGUAUUUCCCCCUCUCCAGGGAUUCCUGGGUCUGGCUGUGGGAGAAUUUGAGUAAAGAAUAGCUUCUGCUAAGAUG